AUGUCGGCACCUUCAGGAAUGAUCGAUCCCGCCAUCUUCGAGGGCCUGCAGACAAAGGUCGAUGAGGAUACGGCCGUCCGCGAUGAGCUCAAGGACAUCAUCCAGGCGCUGGAGAAGCAGAAUCGCAAUAUCUCCUUCGUCCUUUCAAGAGCGCAUUCGACACCUUACGCAGACCUCCCUAGCGUUCUGAAGGCCUCCGAAGAAUCCAUUCAAAAUGCCAUCGAGACCGUUGGAAACCUUGCACAGGCAGCGUCAAAGCAGCCUUAUUACAAAUUCAACAGCAUGUGGUCCCGACAGGUGCAGGAUGCGCUACAAGGUAUCUUGUUCUGGGCUUGGCUCGGUGGCAAGGACUACAACGGCAACGAGGCAAAAUGCGGUCGCCUGCUCACGCUCGAGGAGCUUGGCGAGGUCCUGAAAGUACCUACCAAUCUCAAGGACAAGGACGAAUUUCAUAUCACCAUCGAAGAAUACCUUCUGGCACUCACCUCGCUUGUGGAAGAGCUGACCCGUCUUGCGCGCAAUGCCGUCACCCUGGGUGACUACGAGCGCCCUCUGCUCAUCAACCAGUUCGUGAAGGAUGUGUUUGCGGGCUUCCAAAUCCUGAACCUGAAGAAUGAUAUCUUACGGAGGAAGAGCGAUGGGCUGAAGUACAGGGUCAAGGAUGUCGAGGAUGUGGUCUACGACUUGUCACUGAGGAAUUUGGUGCCGAAGAAGGGCGAGUAA